AUGGUGUACACGCCCAGCGCCUACCUCGUCACGGCGGUCGUAGCUCUAUUGGUCGCCAAGAUGCAGCAGACGGCGGCCACGUCAAUGUUCUACGACCCGGAAAUGGCCACCAACGCGACGGACGAGAUGGGGAGCAAGUUCCCGGCCCGAGGUACGGAAAUGCUCGUGCAGGACUUGGUCUACACGGUCGAGGUGGACCCGACGCUGCCGGACAUCACGUCCAUCUCGUCGGUGCCUGUGCAGUACCCAGAGCUGCUGGGAAAAGCCUCGACGGGCCCAGUCGAGCCGGUGUCGACCAAGGUCGGCACGGGCGUGCUGUUCCGUCCCCUGCCAUCGCUGGACGCCAACCAUGACGGCUACAUCGACGACAUUCUGUCGGCGCCGGAGGGUUUGCCUGCUGUCGUCGCAGCGACGCCAUUGUCGGACUUGAUGCACGAUACGGCUAAUGCCUCCGACUGUGCCACUGGUUGGAAGGAGGUCGAGGCUGUGGACGUGUUAUCGGAGAAGCGUCGACUCGAGGCGCCUACGAACAGUAGGUCUCUUGUUCGACUAGCAGAGCACUUUGGCAAACCGAUGGUGACCAAACUCGCGGACCUGCCGUCUGAAGGUACUAAGACGAGUGCGCCUUGGCCGGGUCCGUACUGGCCCACGUACCAGGACAGCAUCAACGUCAUUGUAAAGCGGAAAGAGUUGAGUCCGGCCGAGAAAUUUGCCAAGGCGUUUGGGCUGAACGUGCUGAGCUUUUUGGACAUCAUAUCGGCCGACAACGGCGUCGAUGGCACGAUUUCGAAAGUCAAGUGUGACACGGAUGUUUUUUGCUCGUCGACGUACGGUCCCAAUGUCGUUUGCGCUCGACGUGCCCCGACGACCCAGGGCUUUUGUAUUGCAAAGUGGAAUGGCAUCUGUCACGCUUGGGCACCUGCUGCCAUCAUGGAGGAAGAGCCGCGGUGUCCCGUGACUCACAACGGCGUCAAGUUUACGCCAGUCGACAUCAAGGCUCUGAUGACCACGUUUUACGAUGGCUCGCGUGUGCCCAUGGUCUACAUUGGCACUCGGUACUACAGCGAACCCGACUCGAAGGACGAGUACGGUCGUCACACGAAUGCCGCCUACCGUGACCUCAAUCCUGCCAUGUUCCACAUUGCUGCUGCCAACAUCUUGGGCAUCUUCCACGAGUCGUUCGUCGCUGAUGUGACAGCUGGUCGAGAGGUAUGGAACCAGCCCGUGCGUGGCUUUAAAGUCUACGAGCAGACUAAUAUGACGCUGGCGGAGGCUGCCCAGACGUUUUACGGCCUCGAGAAGUACCCGUGGAACGCUGCUGCCAAGAGCAUUGUGUACAUCAAGAUGCGCCUGUCGUGGGUCAGUGAGUCGUACGAGGACGGUGGUCUGGUGUCUUCUGGGCGAAUCGACAGUCACACGAAGGGGGAGUACUACACGUAUCUGCUCGAGAUGGAUGACAAUGGAAUCAUCAUUGGCGGCGAAUGGGUCUACGAGUCGCACGACACCCACCCCGACUUCUUGUGGUUCCCGAGGUCGAAGCCAGCGGCUGAUGCGGUCGCUUCGACUGGCCUGAAGUAUUCCGAUGUUUCCAUGCUACUGGAAGAGUCGAUUGCUUGCCUUGAAUCGUAG